AAAGCAAGGUUUUUUCUUUCAUCCGAAUCUUUCCCUCAAGUGUCUUCCUUUGAAGUUUUCGCAGUUCUUUUGAUGAUGGAGAUGGAACGCGUCUUCGAAUUUCCUCACUCUCACAUGGAUCGACGCCCAAAAAAGAGAGCGCGGUUGGGCUGGGACGUUCCUGAGGUCCCAAAGGCUCAGGUAGGAUUGUUUUGUGGACAAGAGGUUGGGACUAUUUCAAGCUAUGCUCCUUCAAGGGGUCACUCAGAACGUGCCACUAGUUCUCUAUUUGUUAAGGGUGUUGCUCGAAAUGGUUCUCCCCCUUUGCGCGAUGAUGACAAAGAUGGGCAUUACAUGUUUGCGCUUGGAGAAAAUUUAACUUCUCGCUAUAGGAUCCAUAGCAAAAUGGGCGAAGGAACUUUUGGGCAGGUCUUGGAAUGCUGGGACAGAGAAAGGAAGGAAAUGGUUGCCAUAAAAAUUGUCCGUGGGAUAAAGAAGUAUCGUGAAGCAGCCAUGAUAGAAAUUGAGGUGUUGCAACAGCUUGGGAAACAUGAUAAAGGAGGCAAUCGUUGUGUGCAAAUACGGAACUGGUUUGACUAUCGUAAUCAUAUCUGUAUUGUGUUUGAGAAACUUGGACCAAGCUUAUACGAUUUUCUUCGGAAAAACAAUUAUCGCUCAUUUCCCAUUGAUCUUGUCCGUGAGAUUGGCAGACAACUAUUGGAAUGUAUAGCAUUUAUGCAUGAUUUGCGUAUGAUCCAUACUGACCUGAAGCCUGAAAAUAUACUUUUAGUUUCACCAGAGUAUGUCAAAGUUCCUGACUACAAGGGUUCAUCUAGAUCACCCAGUUCCUAUUUCAAGAGAGUGCCCAAGUCAAGUGCUAUUAAGGUUAUUGAUUUUGGCAGCACCACCUAUGAGCGAGAAGAUCAGAAUUAUAUUGUAUCAACACGUCAUUAUAGGGCACCUGAAGUUAUCCUUGGACUUGGCUGGAGUUAUCCAUGUGAUAUAUGGAGUGUAGGAUGUAUAUUGGUUGAGUUAUGCACGGGCGAAGCCUUGUUUCAGACUCACGAGAAUCUAGAGCACCUGGCCAUGAUGGAGAGGGUACUUGGUCCAUUACCACAGCACGUGCUGAAGAGAGUUGACCGACAUGCCGAGAAGUAUGUUAGAAGGGGUAGAUUAGACUGGCCAGUGGGUGCAACCUCUAGGGAAAGUAUUAAAGCUGUAAUGAAGCUUCCUAGACUACAGAACCUUAUAAUGCAGCAUGUUGAUCAUUCAGCUGGUGAUCUCAUACAUCUCUUGCAGGGGUUACUUAGAUUUGACCCCUCUGAAAGACUUACAGCGAAGGAAGCUUUGAGGCAUUCCUUUUUUAUGAGAGAUCUCCUUCGGAGAUGAUCCGCCCAUUACUAUCAACGGCUGCAGCUGCAGCGUUGUCCUUCUUUAGGAUGGAUGCGUUUGAAUCCGUAUCUGUGAUGCGCUCAGUUGGCUGCAACUGUUGGCCAUCGAAGGGGGAAAGCCACGUGCUUUAAAUAUAUUAUCAUCUUCCUCAUGUGAUGAAAGUGAGAGGAUGGUUUUAAGCAGUUCUCCCUUUGCCUGUCGAUCCUUGAUUGCAAAUUUUGAAUGAUUCUAAUUCAGUGUACAGAAAAAUAAAAUAAAAUAGAAUGUUAAUGAUAUUUUUAAAAUUGGAGAUUUACAAGUAUGGCACAUUUGACAAUAAGCUUUGUGUUCGAUAUGUUUUUUUAGCAGCAUAUAUUAUUUUAGGGCAAUCAAAGGAGAAAUUUAUUUU